UUGUGAGGGUUUUAAGCCAUAAACACACACAAUUUUCCGGCAAACCGCCGCCACUCGCCAUCACAUCGCUACUCGACCUUCAAAUCAACGGCCACCGUAGAAGAGUAAACAAAUGGGUAAAAUAUCGUAUAUGAAGCUUAAAGGCAGCCAAAACCUAAGGCAAAGGUUACUUCUCGCAACUCUAUCUUCAACUCCGAUCUUAAUCGAGGAUAUUCGAGCCGAUGCCACGUGGCCUGGGCUUCUUCCUCACGAGGUUUCGUUUCUCCGUCUUCUCGAGACUGUUUCUGAUGACUGUCAUGUUGAAAUCAACGAAACUGGGACGAAGUUGAAGUACAAGCCCGGGAUAGUGAUGGGUGGGAGAUAUCUAGAGCAUGAUUGCGGAUUGAGUAGGUCAAUCGGCUAUUUUCUUGAACCGUUGAUUGUGCUUGGUUUGUUCGGGAAGAAGCCUCUUUCCAUUAAGCUCAAAGGUAUCACAAAUGAUCCAAAAGACCCAUCUGUCGAUACAUUCAGAUCAGCCACUUUACCAUUAUUGAAGCGAUUCGGAGUUCCGUCAGAAGGGUUGGAGUUAAAGAUAGAAAGCCGUGGAGUUGCCCCUAAAGGCGGUGGAGAAGUUACACUUUCGGUUCCUAUUAUUCACAAUAGUUUAAAGGCAGUCACAUGGACCGAUGAAGGUAUGGUUAAACGGAUCAGGGGUAUCAGUUUCUCCACAAGAGUAUCAGUUCAGUUUGAAAAUACAAUGAUUCAUGCCGCUAGAGGAAUCUUUAACCGCUUGCUUCCAGAUGUUCACAUUUAUACUGAUCAUAAAGCCGGUGCACAAGCUGGAAACUCACCUGGUUAUGGAAUAUCGUUGGUUGCUGAAACGACAUCGGGCUGUUUCGUAUCGGUGGAUACCACAAUUUCUUAUACCCGAGGGAAUGAUGACAUGGAUAUUGAUGAAAGGAAAGAACUUAUGCCUCCGGAGGAAGUUGGUGAGGAAAUUGCAUCUCUUCUACUUGGCGAGAUUGAACAGGGCGGUGUUAUAGAUUCUACGCACCAGGGCUUGUUAUUUCUUUUAUGUGCAUUAUGCCCACAAGAUAUAUCAAAGGUUCGCGUAGGAAAGCUUGUACCUUAUGGGAUUCAAACACUAAGAAAUAUCAGAGAUUUUUUGGGUGUUAAAUUUGUAAUCAAGCCAGAGCCAGCAACGGGUACUGUCAUGCUUAAAUGCAUUGGAUGCGGGUUGAAAAAUUUAUCGCGAAAAUUAUCUUAGAUGUUCUAUACUUCUAUAUUCUUAUUAGUAAACGUCGAGUUUUGUUUAACUUCUUUAUUUAAACUUUGUAAGCUUUUCUUGACGUAUGAGUAAUUGCGGAAUCAGUUUUGUUCUAUUCA